UAGCCAAAUCCGACCCUAGAAAGCGCGGCACGGUCGACAGCGGCAUCAUUGGCUGGGGCCUGUUGUUGAGAAAGCCCCCCUAAUGAUAUAAUAACCACAGCGACUGCUUUCUCCGUGGUCAACGCUUCUUGGCUUGUCUUACCAUUCUUUCCAACGAUCACGGGGGAUUUCCCUACCGUUAAAUUUUAUUUUAUUUAUUCAUAUGAUUUGUGGUGAGCCGGAUUGUGUUUUCAUGCCAUUCCGAUGAGCAAUCAAAACCCUACGGGCGCGGAGGUUCAUACAGACCCUCGCCGAGAUAGCGCUAUCUCCGCGGUCUCGUACCAAUCUGCAUCAACUUUGACAGAAUCAGUACAUAGUGAUAAUCCUGUGUUUCGGUUCGUGGAGGAGAACGGGAGGACGUACCACUCCUACAAGCAAGGCCGUUAUCCUAUGCCCAACGAUCCACAAGAGCAAAAUAGAUCGGCUAUUGAACACGAACUGUGGCGCAAAACUCUUAGAGGCAAGUUAUAUUUGUCGCCAAUACAACGGCUCAACCACGUUCUUGAUAUCGGGACCGGUACGGGACACUGGGCGUUUGAAAUUGCCGUCAAGCACAGCAAUUCCCAAGUUAUUGGAACUGAUCUGAGCCCGAUUCAACCGCAGUACAUUCCGCUCAACUGCCAGUUCGAAAUUGAUGAUGCUGAAGAUGAGUGGCUUUACCGACAAAAGUUUAGUCUGAUACACAGUCGAGGAAACUUGUUAUCAUUUCAGUCACCAGAAACAGUAGUGGAAAGCGCAUUCAAUUCCCUUGAACGGCACGGAUGGCUGGAAUUCCAGGAUAUGGUUCUUCCCAUGCGAUGUGACGACAACAGUUGGGAAGGAAGUGCGAUACAGACCUGGAGUAAACUGCUCAAGGACUGCCUCGAGCGUGACGGGAGGAGGUUUUACGUGGAGGAAUACGCACAAAUGUUUCGUAACGCUGGGCUAACCAACGUUACCGAGAGGCUCUUUGUGUGGCCGGUUAGUCCAUGGCCUCAAGGUCCCCGGAACGAGCAUCUGAGAGAGCUGGGUCACAUCUGCCGGCGAAACAUGCUUGAGGCACUCGAAGCGAUUAGCAUUUCCAUGUUUACGAGGGUUGCGGGCAUGACCAAAGAGGAGGUGUUGAAUGUGGUUCAAGCCGCCAAGAAUGAGUUUUGGGAUACAAAGUACCAUGUGUACAUUCAGAUUGUUGUCACCAUGGGCCAGAAACCUUGAGUACUGUGUCAUAAAUCUCCUGAUUCCAGCCGAUGGAAACGAUAUUGGAAGGGGACGGCUUAAUAUGCAUUGAUUCAUUUGGCAAGGAGUUUUGGUGUUGGAGGAUCUCAUGAGGCCGCCGUCUUUGUCUUUGCAGAGACUGCACUGUACUCAAUGAUGCAAUCGAGUAGUAUACAUGCUAUACCAACCGAAUUUUAAUCACCGGUUGAGGCCGAGCAGGCCCUGCGACCUGAAUCUACGUGUACUGUUUGUUGUGCAUGGGUUUUGUCAUGGCCGAGUCGCGAUCCAUCGAGCUGU